AUGUGCUCUCGUCAGGCGCACCAAAACGCUUUGAUGAGACUGCAACAAGAGUUCCACCACGUGGAACUGCAGUCCAUCAAAGCGGAAUUUGUGGUGAACGGCCACAAUUUGGAGCGGACGCGCCGCGGUCUGGCACGGAUCGCCGGAGGGAUGGCCGAGACGCGCAAGGCCCAGUACAGGGCGCGCCUAGAGGGACUUCACGUGAGUUUCUUUUUCAACUAUUUCAAACAUUUCGGGCAGCUUUUGUGACAGCUUUAAAAAAACAAUUUUUUUAACGAAUCGUCAGAGAUUUUUUUGAAAAAAAUUAAAAAAAAAUUUUUUUAGAAAAAAAUUAAAAAAACAAUUUUUCUUAAAAUUCCAAAUUUCAAAAUUCAAAAUUGAAAUUUCCGAAAUCAUUUAAGCAGUUUCUAACGAAUCGUCAGAGAUUUUUUUGAAAAAAAUUUAAAAACAUUUUUUUAGAAAAAAAUUAAAAAAACAAUUUUUCUCAAAAUUCGAAAUUUCAAAAUUCAAAAUUGAAAUUUCCGAAAUCAUUUAAGCAGUUUCUAACGAAUCGUCAGAGAUUUUUUUGAAAAAAAUUUAAAAAAACAUUUUUUUAGAAAAAAAUUAAAAAAACAAUCUCAAAAUUCGAAAUUUCAAAAAUUCAAAAUUGAAAUUUCCGAAAUCAUUUAAGCAGUUUCUAACGAAUCGUCAGAGAUUUUUUUGAAAAAAAUUAAAAACUUUUUUUAGAAAAAAAUUAAAAAAACAAAUUUUUUCUCAAAAUUCGAAAUUUCAAAAUUCAAAAUUGAAAUUUCCGAAAUCAUUUAAGCAGUUUCUAACGAAUCGUCAGAGAUUUUUUUGAAAAAAAUUAAAAACUUUUUUUAGAAAAAAAUUAAAAAAACAAAUUUUUCUCAAAAUUCAAAAAUUCCAAAAUUCAAAAUUCAAAAUUUCCGAAAUCAUUUCAUUUCAAAAAAACGUGCAUUCUUGCAGAGAGAACGUCUCGCGGCAAGCGAAUGCCGUAGAUCCGAGGUGGAGACUCGGAUCUGCGAGGCGGUGGCCGAGUGGAACGCCACGUUCCACGCCACGGCCACGUACUUUGACCUGCACGGGUUGACAAAGUGCGGGGCCGUGAGCUAUGUGCGCUCCAUUCUGGAGGCCACGGCUCGGAAGGCCGUCCACAGAGGUUAGUUUGGCGUGCGCAAUUAUUCGAAUAAUAUUGAAAUGUUUUGCAGUGAUCCGCAUGGAGACGGGACGCGGGAAUCACUCGCCGAGGAACCUCCCGGCCAUCAAAAUGGCGCUGCUCCGCGAGUACCCAGCGAGUACGGGGAAAGCGGGGCCGGGAAAGUGGACGGCGCGGCAAGACGAGCACAAUCCUGGAGUGCUCGUCUUCACGCUGAAUUAA